UUACUCUGUGCAGUCUGUCCCUUCUUAUCUCUGUCCCACUCUCUUUCGGAUGUAACUUAUCCAAAUCAGAUAUCCAGCGGAGAUACAGUGUACGGAUGCGUGACGUUUCCUUUGCAAACUUUGCGUAACUACUGUACGUGCCCCGUUCCAGUGAGUAAGUUGAGAGUUGAUGAAACUUCUCCUGAAUGAAAGCGCCUCUCACCACAUCUGGACACGGAGUACAGCCGGAUCUGUCAAGUCCAGCGGCAACUUUUACACGGACUUCACCUGUUUUUGACCGACGUUUAGUUUUACGCACAGCUCUGAGGAGGAAUAUCGGGCUCUUAAUCUUUUCAUCCACUUUGCAAAAACGUUUUUUAGUAUUUUGUAUUUAUUAGCCCUCAACAUGGGACUCUCGUGUAUCACAGUUACGUGGAUUUUGGUGAUCAUUUCUGUGUGGGAUAAAAGGGUAGACUCCAAUGAAAUCUUGGGCUUGAAAAUCCCCAACAUAGAGCCCAUUUUGAACGCCAAUACAGUAUGUUUGACGUUGCCCGGAUUGACGCGGCGCCAACUAGAGGUGUGUAUGAGAAAUCCGGAUGUGACCGCAUCAGCGAUACAAGGGAUUCAAAUAGCCAUCCAUGAAUGCCAACAUCAGUUUAGAGGGCAUCGCUGGAACUGCUCCAGUCUGGAAACAAGGAACAAAAUACCAUACGAUAGCAUAGUUUUCAAGAGAGGUUUCAAGGAGAGUGCUUUUGCUUACGCCAUCGCCGCAGCAGGAGUGGUCCAUGCCGUGGCCAAUGCUUGCUCUAUGGGCAAAUUGAAAGCAUGCGGUUGUGAUGCUAAACGCCGUGGAGACGAAGAGGCUUUCCGACUUAAACUUCACAGGCUGCAGAUAGAAGCCAUUCACAGAGGGAAGGGGAUGGUGCACGGGGUGAUGGAGCACUUUCCCACAGAGCUGCCCAGUGCCCAGGAUUCGUGGGAAUGGGGCGGAUGUAGUCCCGACGUGGAAUUCGGAGAGAAGUUUUCAAGAGAUUUCCUGGAUUCGCGAGAGACAUACAAAGAUAUCCACGCAAGGAUGAGGCUGCAUAAUAACAGAGUGGGCAGACAGGUUGUUAUGAAUCACAUGAGGAGGAAGUGCAAGUGCCACGGGACAUCCGGUAGCUGCCAGCUGAAGACGUGCUGGCAGGUCACCCCUGAAUUCAGGGUAGUGGGCUCCAUUCUAAAACAGCGCUUUGACUCUGCCACACUCAUCAAGGCUCACAACCGCAACACGGGUCAGCUGGACCAACCACCGGCAUCACCACCAUCACCACAGCAAUCACAACCUCGCCGACGACCAAGCUCCAAUGAACUGGUCUACUUUGAAAAGAGUCCAGAUUUCUGUGAUCGGGACUUAAGUUCAGACUCAGCUGGAACUCUGGGUCGGAUUUGUAACAAGACCAGUCCAGGUAUGGAUAAUUGUGAGAGUCUCUGUUGUGGGAGGGGACAUAAUAUCCUCCAACAAACGAGGAGUGAAAGAUGCAAUUGCAAGUUCCACUGGUGUUGCUACGUGGUAUGUGAAGAGUGCCGGAUAACAGAAUGGGUUAGUGUCUGUAAAUGAUGAACUGAAGUGAAAAAUAAAAGAUAUUUUUACUUUAAAUUUGACUGAGCUGGAGGACUGUUAUAAGAAGCCCCAAGCUCCUUCUGCAAUGGACUACUGGUUUGAAGGAGAUAGAAAGCAGAUACAAAAACUGCACAUGAAAUGGGAGUGGACACUGAACUGGUUAACUUAAAACACUCCAAGUCUUGUGUGAGAUCUCAGACCAAAACCUGAACUUUAUUAUGUCAAGGAAAAUCUAAAAAUGGUCUGCGCUAUUUG